ACUCCGAUUAACAUUCUCCUCCUGCGUGUAUAGAGCAGCGAAGCUCAAGAUCGGGAGGAUUGCAUACGUGAACCUACCCUCUGCCUCACCUUGCCUCCCUCGAUGCUUCCCGACUCUGACGAGGAGAUACCCCAAGCUGGGCCAUCGAGACAUCGACCAACUCAAAAUGGUGGUACCCAUGCUCAACGAGGACCUCGACAUUCCGAAAUGUCGCAGAGUACGAGGAUGCGACUGAACAUUGAGGAUGUCUUUGAGAGGCAACCUCGAGAAACGAAAGCCAGACUGGGCAGAGAAUAUCGGGAAAUGCAGAUCAUGGCCGACGACAUGAAGGCGAAUUCGGCCAAUACGACUCUUGAACAGCUCAAGAAGAGUAUAAAACACCAGGCGAAGCUGUUCUCAGAAGUGAAAGAUACCUCGUUGGCGACGGCGGAUGCUCGUCUGAUGAACACCACAGCAGAUACUGCAUUAGAGAUCGCGAGAAAGAUGAGGUUGGAGGGUAAUCUGUUCGAUACAAGUGACUUUCUGCUACGGAUGAGCAGUCUUCUGGGACUGGACAGACAAGAAUUGGAUGAGCAAGACCCUGAGGACGAAGAUGAGCUUGACGAGUCAAUGUCUGAUCGAGGACGAGGUGGUGCUGGACGUCGUCGACCGUUUCGAAAAGGUCAUUUGGGAGAUUGGGAGAAGAUCGGUUGGAUGGCCGCGGGUUUAUCUAGACGAGUCACAGGUCUCGAGGUCUUGUACGGUCCUCUCAAGGUUCCUCGUCGAGCCCCCGUGCAACGACAACGACGGGAAAAAGUCGUCGAGCCCGAAACGCGACCACAGGAGAUCUCCACGCAAACCAGAUCUGCCAACGGUGAACAAGCUGCAGAUACUGUCGGACUCGUCAAGCAGGUUCAAGCGGUCCUUGAAAAGUCUGACCCACAUGGCCAAGGCGUCAACUUUUUCAAGCUGGUCAUAGACCCUGAUGAUUUCGGACAGAGUGUAGAGAAUUGCUUCUACCUCUCGUUCCUCAUCAAAGAGGGGAAAGCAGGUAUAGACGUCAUGGAUGAUGGGGAGGUGAUGAUUUAUUCGAAAAAUGGUGCGGACCCUGAUAUCGACGGGGAUAUCACCACUCAUCAAGCUGUCAUUGAGCUCGACAUGGAUACCUGGGAAGAAGCCAAAUCGCUUUUCGACAUCACGAAGGGGACCAUACCGCAUCGACAGUAUGCCGAGCAAGGCCCUCUCGCGGCUGGAGCAUGGUACACGUGAGGAGACGAGACUUUUAUAUGCCAGCGAGGUGAAUUCGUAAGAUACAGGGUAU